AUGGAAGAAACUUACCUCCUUAAUGUGGAAGGAGUCAAGAAAAAGAUUUUACAUGGAGGCUACGGGAAACUGCCUGAUUUCCAGGAGGGGAGCAAGAUCAUCUUCCACUUCCAGACCCUAAAAGAUGAUUUUGAGCGGACAGUGAUUGAUGACAGUCGGAACACUGGGGUCCCCAUGGAGAUUAUUGUGGGGAAGAUGUUCAAAAUUGAAGUGUGGGAGACAUUGCUGACCUCCAUGCGGAUCAACGAGGUGGCAGAGUUCUGGUGUGAUGCCAUACAUACAGGAAUGUAUGCCUUGGUCUCCAAAGGCUUAAGGAAAAUUGCUGAGGGCAAAGAUCCUCUUCAGGGACAGAAGCACCAAUGUGGGAUGGGCAACAUGUUUGACUAUCACAGCACAGGCUACGAAGACCUGGACGAACUGCAGCGGACACCUCAGCCCCUCAUCUUCAUCAUGGAGCUUUUCAAAGUGGAGGACCCUUCUUCCUACAGAAGGGACACAUGGGCCAUGAACAAUGAGGAGAAGUUGGCUGCUGUGCCAAAACUGCACACUGAGGGCAACCGGCUGGUCUUGUCCAGGAAAUUCAAGGAAGCGGCAGAGAAAUAUCAAGAAGCUGUCAUCUGUUUGCGCAAUCUUCAGGUUAAGGAGAAGCCAUGGGAGGAAGGUUGGCUGAAGCUAGAGAAUCUCAUCACACCGCUCGUGUUGAACUAUUGCCAGUGCCAGUUAGAGCUAGGGGAAUACUAUGAAGUGUUGGAACACACCACGGCCAUCCUCCAGAAGAACAAUGAAAAUGUCAAGGCAUACUUCAAGCGGGCAAAAGCUCACGCUGCUGUUUGGAAUGAGAAGGAAGCUCGAGCAGACUUUUUGAGGGUGGCCCACUUGGAUCCUUCACUGGCGGCCGCGGUGAGGAAAGAGUUAAAGGUCCUUGGUGAGAGGAUGAGGUGGAAAUAUGUGGAGGAUCGCAAGAGAUACCAAGGUCUGUUCCCCUUCUCAAAAGGGGAAAGUGAGAUAUCUGAAGAAUCUUCUGUGGAAAAAGAGGAGCAGGCUAGCAAUGGCUUUACAGCAGAAAAGGAACAAAAUAAUCCAGAAGCCUUGAAGCACGAGAGAGGACUCGGGGCAAGAAAGAGAGAAACAGAUCAAGGAAUUGUAGUUGAUGAAGAGAAAGGGCUUUGGGUAAAGGUUGGGGGAAAAGAGAGAGAAGACUUUGUCCCUCAGAAAAAGGUAGAAGAAACAGUGACCGUAAAAGAAAGAGGAAUACAAGAUGACCAGAGGGAAAGACAAUUAUUUCUUGAGUCUGGAAAUUGUGUGGUAGAAAGUUCUGAGAAUGAACAACAGUUAGGACUGGGGCUACAGGAGCCGGAACUAGAGGCUGAAGCUGCAGAGAUGAAUUCUGAGGCCUGGGAUCAAAAUGGAGAUAGAGAUUUUGCAACACUGACAGGAAAGCAAAAGCUCAGAGCCACCCAUAGUAGCUUUGAUGGAAUGGCAGAUACGCCCAUGAAUGGCACAGAAGAAAGAUCCACAGAAGGACACUGUGAGACUGAAAGGAGGAUUGGGCUGGAGAUUUUCCCCAGAAAGGGAGAAUAUGAAGGAAGGUGUGAGAACAGAGAAACUGAAGCUCAUAAUUUUCAUAGGAAACAGGUCAAUGUGGAUUUUGGAUCAGAACAUGGCAAGGAAGGUAUGAGAGCCAUGAGUUUUGAAGAAGAGGAUUGCUCCCAAGUCCAACAAGAAAAGUCCAAAAGAGGAAUGGAGGUAGCAAAGUUCCUUGAGCCUGGGUCUCUCCUGGCACCAGGCUUUGACUUCGUCUGGACUCUGGCCACUCCUGGAUCACUCUUCCGGCAAGCACUCUGGAGUUACUAA